AUGCCACCUUCACUGGAUCAAGACAGCAGUAUCCCGUCCGGCACCUCCCCGCCCCGUAAAGCAGACAAGAAGGGCGCAGGUGCUGGAGCUUCGAUAUCAACAAGAAACAGCAAGAAGAAUGGGCAGGCGAAGGAUAAUGGGGGAGGUGCAAUAUUAGCAGCGGUAACAAAGAAUGCUUCCAAGUUAAGUAACAAGAACUUGAAAUCAAAUGUAACACCUAUGGAGUCGCCUGAGAUGGCGCCAGUCGAUACUCCUCCCACUCCCUCUCCACCAAAGGGCGAUCCGGUCACAUCUCCUUUGUUGGACGCUUUAUCUUCAGCCGCGAUAGCCAGAACGUCGAGUCAGAACACCAACGAAUGGGCAAAGAAUGUCCCAGCAUAUUCAAGCUCUCCCAAUAAUCUCAUAAACCUGGGUGAAUCACCACCUACGUUUCCAUCGUCUUAUGAUGAAAGACUUGCUAGUUUUGGCUGGACAACAAGAGAGCAAAGGGGAUCUCCGAACGGCUACAUAGCCUCUGCCUCUCCUCCUGCACGACGAAGACCUCUCAGUUACCAAACGGACGGCCAUUAUCAAGUGGCUGAUGAUCACCGCUCUGUGUCGUCCUACGCGGCUCGUCGAAGUUCGAUGUAUUCACAGCAUCCAAGACAUGGACAAGGGCAGAACCCCCCACUUCCACAUCAAGCGCAGGCGCAUUUCUACGGUGCACCCGACGCGAAUCUUCUCCUGACACCUUCUGGACCUGGGCUUGUUCCAGGAGAAAACGGCUACUACUGUGGUCUUGAUACCAUCGCCAACUUGCAGGAUUCUUCGCGGCCUGCUGAACAAGUUGUUGUAACCGGCUAUCAUGGAGGUCUUAAUCUCCACACGGUAACCAAGAGAGGGUUGAAUAAGCUACUGACUCUAGAAGGAUUAAGAGGUGGAGUCUAUAGUGCGAAGAUACUCCCGUCUGGCGUGGCUGGUGGGACGCCUCAGACCCUUCCGUUGAUUGCGGUCGUCGUUCAGGGUCCAUCUUCAGAGCUCAGUGGAUCUUCGAAUGGGGAAGAGGCAUAUUCAGUCGACGGGGCGUCUGUGAAGCCAACAGAAAGUAUUCGAGGCUCUCCCAAGCAUCCUGGACGCUUACCUUACGAACCUGACGAUCCGGAGUAUUAUCAGACGACAGUUGAAGUCUACUCGCUAGCUACCAAGCAGCAUGUAGCGACCCUACUUACUCUCCCCAAGAUUCGCCUUCCGAUUCCAAGUGCAAGCUCUCUAUUCAAGCCUCCCACAGCGGUUGGAGCUUUAACCAUACGCGCCGAUGGCUCAUAUGUCGUGGUUGCAUCUGGCAACACCGGAGAGACAUGGUUGUUUCGAGUAAAACCAUCCAAGUCAAAUCCGUUCGGCGACUUCAGGUGCAUCGGUAAGGUAUGGACAGCAGUACAACAUGGAGUAUGUGUCGAUUCUCCUGAAGCGAACGGGAGUGCCGAUGGCGAUUGGUACACCACUGAUCCCGUGGAACGAAAACAAUACAAGGCAUCUAUCUUGUCCCUGAAUGGGAGGUGGCUUGCUUAUUGUCCAUCUGCUCCAUCAUCUCAGACAUCUCUGAGGGCUAAAGUGCCAGGCCUUCCUCCACAUGCGAAGGUCCCAGGACUCAACGCUCAGGCGCCACCCCAUCUCCCUUCGAUAAACUGUACGGUCGAGACACCAGGAGGCGAGAGCAUGGUCAAGCAGAUGAUGCAAGCUGGGACGCAGGCACUGAUUGAGGGGACGACAUAUAUUGGAAAACAGAUCGGGAGACAGGGUGCACAGGUUUGGAACAAUUAUUGGAACAAGCCAACACAACCACAACCAAUACCUGGCGGCACACCUUUUCAAAACCAUGCCACAGUCCAUCAAUUUCCGCCAACGCAUGGAGCCCAACUAUCACCUGCUAUCAAAGACCCAAGCCUAGUCUCUAUCUUAGACUUGGAUUAUCUGUCACGUCACGCAGCUUUCUCGGCUUCUCCACACCCGCUUUCUACAUUCAAGAUUCCGCACGGGUGUAGCUUCUUGUCCUUCGCUCCUAGUGGCCUUGCGCUAUUCACUGCGAGCAGCAAGGGCGACAUACAAUCUGUCUGGGAUCUUAUGCGUAUGCAGUACGCCAGGUCCUCCUUUUUGAAAAGCUCUUUCCAGGGUGCAGACAAUCGAGGACCUCACGUCAGGCAAAUUGCCCAGUUUUCACGUAUGACAAUCGCUAGGAUAGUCGACGUGGUCUGGUCUUCACCACAUGGAGAACGUGCUGCUAUGGUCACUGAACCUGGAACGGUUCAUGUGCUUGAUCUUCCAGCAAGUGCGUUUACCUGGCCCCCGCCGCGGCGAAGACCUUCUCCUCAGAAGCCAGCUGAAUCAAAUGGUGAAUCUACCUCCUCGGUCUUUACAGCUGCGGGUGUAGCAACAAGCGCAGUGAGCUCUCUAUGGACGGCAGCUCGUCCGCUUGUUCGUGCUCGACGCCAAAGUGCUGCUGGCAUGUCUGCGAAGACUGUUACAGCACAAGCUGGUCAUGGGACACAAGCUUUAGCUGCUGGAAUUAGUCGCUCCGUCGGUGCUGCUACGGGUAGAGUAAAUGAGAUUCGUAAAGGUGGAAGUGGCAGGAUACAUCUCCCUCGCAGUUCGACCAUUCCGAGCAAGUCUUGCAUUUUGUUGCUCAGCCAUAAGCGAAAUGACUCUAUCAUUGUUGUUGGCGGAGGGAUCGUCAAAUUUUAUACGAUUAAAAAUAGAAGAGAGAAUCGUCCGGCAGACAAGCAAAAGGCUGCUCGUGGCGCCAAUUAUAUCGAGUUUCGUCUUCCUUCAUUACCAGAUUUCAGAGCAGUCCUUGAUGAUAUCAGAGACAUCAGCCCGAUCGGAGAUUUGGGAGUCAACAAAGGUCAGGCUCUGGGACAACAAUGGAACACACGGACGGUAGCAGCGGAAGAGAAUCAAGCAAGCGAAUCCUCGAUUCCGCAGGCUGAGAUCGAGUCGAACGCACCAUACCAACCCUUUCAUACAGAUCGACGCGUUGGCCUGUUUAUCUAUGCAUCACAAGAUGCAGGGUCUCCCUCGGUAUCCGCCCUUCUUGCACCACAAGUUGCUAAACAAGCAGGCCGUAGCAACAGUACUCUUUCUAAGUCACCUUGGCCUUUUGGGUGUGCAAUCAAGACGAUCAAGCUUGAUGUAGGACCCGCACACAGUCCUGAAGAUGACUUGGAAGGUCCAGUCAAUUCUCGUGCUUUACCGACAUCAGCAAUUGAAAGAAUAUUGAUGGUCAAGGAUAACAACGAGGAGAUGGAACAAAUCGUGAUCACCACGCGACGUCGAAAGGGUACUGCUAGGCCCGGCGCCGAAGCGACCGGUACAGAAGAAGAAGGCUUUUUUGAGGACGACUGCGAAGUCCUUGACUUUGCGAGCCAAAGAGUAUGA